AUGUCGAUUUUAGAAGAGAGGGAACAGGCGGUGAUUCGUAACCUACAGUUGCUAAGAAGCAUGGGAUCUCUUACGAAGGUGGAAGAGCUAAGGGCUCACAAGCGGUGCGACGUCAAUAUCAAAUCACAAAUCCAGCCGAAACAAGUACCUCUGAAAUUUCUAAUACAAGCAGAUGAAUUGCGGACACAAAAGUCAAAGCGCUCACAAGAUGAUAGAUUUCCUCGUUCCAUCUUUUCAAGAUCGCCUAGUGACAGUGACGACAGUAACUGGGGGAGUAGCGCUGAGGAGUUGCUUUCCAGUGGCUGCCUACCCAUCUCACAACCAAAAAUCCAGAAAGGAGACACUGUCGCAACCAAUGCUGGCCCUUUUGGCUGUUUAAAAGUGGAGAAAGCUGACGUAAAUGUAAUUGAAAAGUUAUCUAAAAGUAUUGUUAAAAAUUCUGCUACUUCGGGAGCUCUGAUGGAACUGCAUGGAGUCCAAGCACUUUCAGAUGGAACCUUUCCGAAAAGUAAUAUUACUAAAUUGGAAUACAGGGAGUCCACGCCAGAUAUCCAAGAUGACCGCUAUUUCUUCUGCUACAUAUGUGAAAAGUUUUACUUGGAUCCCUGCCCCACACACCCAAUCUUGUGGAUUAGGUCAGCUGAACUGCUAGGAUGUGAUGCCGUAAAGUCCGGCAAAAUCGACGACUGCAGCUGUGGCAAGGAUGAACGCAACCACGCUAAAAGGUCAGCGCCAGAGCUCUUCAUUCAUGUAGGUCGGUCGAGUAUCAAAGGAGCUGGCCUUGGUGCCUGGGCGGAAAGGAAAAUCCCCAUUGGUUCGGUUUUAGGGCCCUAUGAUGGUGAAAUCAUUCCUUUGGAAGGCUUGUCUGACGAGGAAUUCGAAAUGAGAUCACGUUCUGGAUACGCCUGGUUGGUUAAAGAUAACCGGCCUGGUACCAAAGGCCAUCUUGUAGAUGCGGCUCGGCCCAUACUUUCAAACUGGUUAAGAUUUGUUAACUGUGCACGAAGUGAGAAGGAGCAAAAUUUGGUGGCAAUACAGUACAGGGGCGAAAUUUAUUACCGAGCCUGCAAAUUUGCAAAGGAACUUGGAAUCCACUACAAAUCGUAUAUUGAAAUUGAAAAUCUCAAAACAGAACCCUCUGACACCCGAAAAUGCAGUGAUUGCAAUAAGGUGUUUCGUCAGAAGUCAAGUUUAGAGGAGCACCUCAAAGUUCACUCCACCUAUUCUCCCUUCCAGUGUCCCGAAUGCAAAGAAAGGUUUAAGAGAAAGGCAUCUCUGAAAGCCCAUGUGGAAAAUCACACAGCGCUACCUCUAACCCACGACAAAGAUGCUGGACUUCUCUUAAUACUGUUCGUUUCAGGAUUGAAACCGUACCCAUGUAGUGAUUGCAAAAAAUCCUUCCCAUAUUCCUCAAGCCUUCGCACUCACGUUGCCACAGUUCACAAGGGUGGUCGUAGCAAUCAGCCAGAGAAAUUGAGGUCGUCAGUCCUUCAAAAUGAAUUCGUUGACAUUCCUGCCAAUGUCGUGUAG